AUGAAACUCGUCAUAUUCUCUCAAGUCUUCCUCGGCUUCAUUUCCAUUAUCCUCGGAUCUCCCUUGUCUCCAGAUGACUCGCUUGUUCCACUCGAUAUACGUGAUGACUCAAAAUGUCCAUCCGCCAAAAGUGGCCUUUGCACUGUCGAAGUCCUCGUCUACACCGAAUCAAUAGCUGCCUUUGGCGUCAAUCUUUACGAUCAGGGGUGUACCGAGAAGUGUCAUCAGAUUUUCAAUACUCGUAACACUCCUUUAAGCUGGACACCGGCAUGCCUCGGAAUCAAAAAUUUGACCGUCCAAGUCGACCAGAACGGAGAAUUGCACCCAAUCAUUCGGGAUAAAAUUGUAAUUCACAUUGGGAUUGUGCCCGAUGGAAAUAAGAAUGUGGUGACACACCGUGCUCCAUUUCCAUGUCCAACCUCGAGCGUUACUGCUGUAGCUACUUCUACUGCUGCAAAGACAACUACUGCUCCAGCAACUCCCGCGGGGAAUCCAUGUACUGAAAUACCUAUCGUUCCAUCAUGUAUUCAUCCCGUUGGAAGUGGCUUUACAGGCGAAGGCGUAUAA